AUGGCUGGGCUCGAGACGAACAUCUAUGUCUCGACAGGUAUUACCUGGGUGGCAGCGUUCGCCGCGCUGAUUAUGCGCAUGAUCGCUCGACGAAUGACAAAGAUAAGCUGGUGGUAUGAUGAUUACUUUUGUAUCGGUGCCUUCGUGUUUGCAAGCCUCUACUCUGCUACCAUUCUGGAAUGGACAAUUCAUUGGUCACUCGGCCAAUACAUGCCCGAUGACAUCGCCCCCGAGGCCAGAGAAGAAAUCCUUUAUUGGUCGAGGUAUAUCGGAUUCUUCAACUCGCUCACGUACGCGUUCUCGAUCGCUUGUUCGAAGCUAGCUAUACUAUGUCUCUACUGGCGAAUCUUCAAAAUCUCCAUGAUCCGGAUCCCCAUUCAAGCGUUGAUCGCCAUUUGCAUCGGGUGGAUUAUUCUACGCACGUUCAUGUUGAUCUUCCGCUGCAUCCCCGUCCAGUACUAUUGGGACAAAAGCAUCCAGGGCAGUUGCAAAAUCAGUGACACGCAGUUCUUCUUUGGUACCGUGUUUACGCAUUUUUUGAUGGACGUUGUCAUCUUGAUCUUGCCUGUUGUUGAAGUAUUCAAGCUCCGCCUGCGGCUUGGCCAGAAGCUGGCCAUUUCUGGCCUCUUCAUCAUCGGUGCGAUUGUGUGUCUUGCAUCGAUCGGCGCAAUCGUUGAGGCACUCAGAUAUGACCCGAAGUCAACACAGAUGCCGCAUGACUACGGCAUGUAUUGCAUCUGGGGUUCAGUCGAGCUAAAUAUCGCCAUCGUCUCCGCCUGCUUUCCUUUGCUCCGACCGAUUUUCAGCCUGAUUCUUCCCGCCCGCUUCCUCAGCUCUGCCGCCAGCAGCCAACCUAUCAGCCGACCAAGUCAUGCUAUCAGGUUAACGACGCUGAGCAGAACAAACAAGGAAAAGGAUGACGACGAGACGAGUUCAACACAUCAACUGGCGGAUCCGGAAAAUGGUGUGCGCCACAUGCAAGACUAUGAACACAGCCGAGAAGGCGUCCAUACGGUAAUCUCAAGUCGAUAUGAUGGCUCGAUUGGGGACGAAGGAGAUGAUGAGGCCGGUAUACGUGUUCGAAAUGACAUGAUAGUCCAUGUGGAGGAGACAGAGCUCGGGAAAGGUUUCAGGAGAUGA